AUGUCCAUGGCUCUCCAGUUCAACUCGCCCACUCCAGACCACACGCACUUCCGCGCGUUCCUCCCUUUCGCUCCUGCCAUGGAGCCUCUCCCCACUGUAGGCUUUCCGCUCUUCGCCGACUCGUUACACGCAAGCAAACGCCUUCGAUCCCUCUCAUCGUCCCCCAUCUCCGUCCCUCCAGCGGCUCUCCUCGAUACUACGCUCAGCCUAUCCUCUACUCCGAUCGCCUCUCCCCCACCGUGCCCGCCGUGUAACGGCGCGAUUUUGGAACGUUCGCCGUGUGACGACAACACCAAUGCCGCGCUCCCCUUCCUCGCAAUGCUCCGCCGCUUCAAGCCCCAAGCGCAAUCCCCCGCUUCCGCAAUUCCCCAGAUUCCUCGCGUCCUCAGCGCCAGUCCACUUCGGCGGACCAAUCCGCCACUCCCCGCGGUUCCUGCAGCUCCCGCCGCAGCUCCCGCCGCUCACCCCGCACGCUGUCCGCUCCCGCCUGUAGAGGCCCUCCGCCGCGCCGUGAAGCGCUCGCACGCCGCAGCCCGACUCGACGAGGAGGUUACCAGCCAGCUUCGGUCCACCUAUCCCUCGGAUUGCCCCUUGCAAGUCCCGUCAAACGCGCUCGAGGUCGGUGCCGCGGCGUCGGGACUCCCAGCGGUGCUUCCGUGCGACGCUGACGUGGCGGAGCGGCUCGUGAAGUACGACAGGCUGACGUCGUCGCUGCGUGGCUCUCUGCCGCCCGCGAAUCUCGCGCAGUGGGACGCGGCGGUGGGCAAGCUGAGGGAUCGCGUCGCGAUGAAGGAGGAGUUUGGAAACGACGUGAACGGGUUCCUUCUGUUUCUCCACGCGCAGCUCGGCGCGCAGCAGCCGUCAGCGCGCAAGGCGCUUCAGCUGUUCGCUGCGUUCAAGCAGGCGCAGAGGCAGAGGCAGAACAUGGGAGCUGCGGUGGCGUCUGAAGCGCCGCUGCCGCCGGCGGCUGCGGCGGUUUCGCGCCGUGUCUCGGCACAGGCUCCCGAAACUGACGACGAUACCGCUUCCGUGUGUAGCAACGAUCCCGAAUCUGAAGGCUCACGGUCUGAGUCAUCCUUUAUUCGCCGUGACUCAUCCACAUCGACUUCCGUUCCUUCCGCAAGCGGGUGUCGGGGUGACGUCUGCUCGCAGCAGCUGAGUGUGGAACAGCCGAGGUUGGGUCAGCCAAGCGUCGACCUUGGGAUUGACGUGACGUGUCCUGCUGCUGUGAAGAAGAUGCUUUUUGAACUCCAGUCCGCGGUGGUUCAGUUGGAGAGGAAUACCGCGAUGGACGCGCGGAUCAAGGCAGAGAGCCUUGCCGUGUUGCGGACCGCGCAGGUCGAGAUGGGAGAUUCCAAACCCUCCGGAGGCGGCGGCGGCGGAAGCGGGCUACAGCUCGAUCUGGACACGUUCGGCCGCCGCCUGAAGCUUCUCUACGACAGCUGGCGAAAGGACGAGAGCCGUUCGUGGGGUAACACGAGCGCGUUCGCCGUCGCGACUCCGCCGGCGAGCGAGGACAUGCGAUACCUUAAGUCGUCGGCGCUGCAGAUCUGGUUACUGGGUUACGAAUUCCCCGAGACUGUCAUGGUGUUUCUGCUGGGCGGCGGAGCCGGCGGAGCCGGCGGAGCCGGCGGGGAAGGCGGCGGAAGCGGCGGAGCGGUGCACGUGGUGUGCAGCCAGAAGAAGGCACAGCAUCUGGAGGCCGUCAGGCGCGUGUGCGCGGAGAAAUCCGGCGGAGUGGGGAUGGUGCUGCAUCCCAAGCCUCGCAGCGAGGACGGGUCCUCCCAGAUGGCGCAGGUCAUCGACGCCAUCCGAGCCUCCGGCGCAGGUUCGGCAGGCGGAGGUCCGGUGCGGCUGGGCGUGCUGGCAAAGGAGGCCCCGGAGGGGGCGAUUAUGGAGAAAUGGGCGGCGGCAGUGGAGGCAGCAGCGGGUGGGGGCGAGGGCGGGGAGAGUGGUGGAGAGGGGUUGGAGACGGUGGAUGUGGGGCCGGCGCUGGGGGAUGUUCUGGCGGUUAAGGAUGAGGGCGAGGUGAUCAAUAUCAAGAAAGCCGCAUUUCUUAGCGCGCAGGCGCUCAAGGCGUUCGUGGUGCCGAAGAUGGAGGUGCUGAUAGACGAGGAGCGCAGCAUGACGCACGCGGAGCUGAUGGAGCAGACAGAGGAGGUCAUCACCGACCCCGCCAAGAUCAAAGUCAAGCUCAAACCCGACAACUGCGACAUCUGCUACCCGCCCGUCUUCCAGAGUGGAGGGCAAUAUGACUUGCGAGCGUCAGCAGUGAGCAGCGACGACCCUCUCUGCUACGAUUCCAUGGGCGUCAUCAUCUGUGCCAUCGGUGCCAGAUACGCCUCCUACUGCUCCAAUGUGGCGCGCACCUACCUCAUAGACGCCACCAAGGCACAGGAGAAGGCGUACCAGGUAUUGCUGAGGGCACAGGAAGCAGCGAUUGCAGCGAUCAAGCCGGGGGUACGGCUGGGGGAUGUGUACCGUGCUGCAGUGGCGGUGGUGGAGAGGGAAGCUCCAGAGCUGGUGCCUCAUCUCACCAAACACGCCGGCACUGGCAUAGGCAUCGAGUUUCGAGAGGCCGGUCUGACGCUGAACGCCAAGAACGAGCGGACGGUGAAAUCCGGCAUGGCGUUUAAUGUGGUGCUGGGCUUGCACGGCCUCACCAACCCAGAGGCUGGGGGAGGGGAGGAGGGGCCCGAGGCGAACGGAAACGCUGAGGGCGCUGGAGGCAAGGAGGGGGGCAAGGAGGGGAAGGGGGGCAGUGCGAAGCUGAGGAAGUAUGCGCUACUGGUGGCGGACACGGUGGCGGUGAGGGCCGCUGCUGACAAGGACCGCUGGGUGGACGUCGCCACUGCCUCUGCCUCCAAGUCAUUCGCUGAUGUCGCGUACUCACUCAAGGGGGAAGAUGAGGAAGAGGAGGACACGGAUAAGGGCAAGCGACCAGCAGAAGCAGCAGGGGCUGGAGAACCCGCUGUGUUCGCCCGUGCGCACCUGCGGUCGGAGAAUCAAGAAGCAACAAAGGAGGAGCUGCGGCGGCAGCACCAAGCAGAGCUGGCGAAGCAGAAGAUCGAAGAGACCGCUCGUCGGCUGGCUGCUGGAGGGCUGGGCGCACGCGAGGGCGAGGGGGCGAAGAGGCAGACGGGUGACCUGGUGUCAUAUGGGGAUGUGGACGAAAUUCCCCUUGCCAUGAAAGACUAUAAGAUCCAGGUGGAUCAGCGGCACGAGUCCGUCCUCCUCCCCAUCUACGGCCUCCUGGUGCCGUUCCACGUGUGCAUGAUCCGCAACGUGACCAGCCAGCAGGACGGAGGGCACAUCUACAUCCGCAUCAUCUUCAACGUGCCCGGCGCAGGGUUCAGCGCUGCCGACCUGCCCAUGCAGAAAUUUCCGGAUAGCAUCUUUAUCAAGGAGCUUUCCUUCAAGUCUACGGAUUCCCGGCAUGCCAACCAAGUGGUGCAACUGAUAAAGACGAUGAGCAAGCACGUGCGGCAGCGGGAGUCGGAGCGCGCUGAGAGAGCGACACUUGUCACGCAGGAGAAGCUUCAGCUCAGCAAGGGCCGCCCGCCGCGCCUGCCCGACCUCUGGAUCCGACCUUCCUUCGGAGGAAAGGGGCGGAAACUCACCGGGUCGCUGGAGGCUCAUCUGAACGGGUUCCGCUAUUCCACUGCCAAGCCGGACGAGAGGGUGGAGGUGAUGUAUGGCAACAUCAAGCACGCCUUCUUCCAGCCCGCUGAGAACGAGAUGAUCACCCUCCUGCACUUCCACCUCCACAACCCCAUCAUGGUCGGCAAGAAAAAGACAAAAGACGUGCAGUUCUUCGCCGAGGUCAUGGAGGUGGUCCAAACCGUGGGCGGCUCUCGCCGCUCGGCUUACGACCCCGAUGAAAUCGAGGAGGAGCAGAGGGAGCGGGAGCGGCGGAGCAAGAUCAACCGGGAGUUCAAAUCCUUUGUCAGCGCGGUGCAUUCUCUCUGGGAGAAGGACCGCGAGCUCGCUCGUCUCGACCUCGAAUUCGACGUGCCGUUCCGGGAAUUAGGGUUUCACGGCGUGCCGCACAAGUCGUCCGCGUUCAUCGUACCGACGGUGAACUGUCUCGUGGAGCUUAUAGAGGUGCCCUUCCUGGUGGUCACUCUGAACGAGGUCGAGAUUGUGAAUCUGGAGCGCGUGGGUCUCGGGCAGAAGACGUUCGACAUGGCGAUUGUGUUCAAGGAUUUCAAGCGGGACGUUCUGCGGAUUGAUGCGAUCCCGAGCACGUCGCUCGACUCGGUGAAAGAAUGGCUGAAUUCGAUGAACAUCAAGUACUAUGAGUCGCGGCUGAAUCUCAGCUGGAAAGCCAUCCUGCAGAAUAUCAUGAGUGAUCCCGAGGCUUUUCUUGCGGACGGCGGGUGGGAGUUUCUGAAUCUCGAGGCGUCGGAUAGUGAAGGGGAGGAGUCGGAGGAAUCGCAGGCGUACGAGCCGUCGGAUCUGGAGGAGGCUGCAUCCGACGAUGACGAUGACGAGAGCGAGGAUGAUGAGAGUGUGGUGGAUAGUGAGGAGGAGGAGGGGGAGGAGGAGGAAGAGGAGGAGGAGGAGGGUCCGACCAUGGAUACGGACCCCCGCCUGCGCCUGCGUCUCCUCCAGUCCCUCCUCAUCUCCUUCCUGCCCGCAUCGCCCAAGGAACUCAUUGACAUGGGCAGGGUGCGCGCGGCGGUGGGGGUGCUGCGGGAGCAACACGCGCUGGCCGUGGAACCCGACUGGGCGGCCGACCCCCGCCUGCGCCUGCGUCUCCUCCAGUCCCAGCUCACCUCCUUUCUGCCAGCCUCGCCCAAGGACCCUAUUGACAUGGGUAGGGUGCGAGCAGCCGUGGGGGUGCUGCGGGAGCAACACGUGCUGGCCGUGGAACCCGACUGGGCCGCCGUGGGGAGCGGCAAUGAUCCCAGGAGGCGGGCUGUUGACGCGUGGUGCAGCAGAGUGUUCGCGUUAUUGGCAUCUCCGCUGGUGGCUCUCCCCUCCCUGCUCCCACGCUCCUCCACUUCUACACUCCGCCUCGUCUCCUUCUCCGCGCAGCCGGCCAAUCGGUGGGCGGCAUGUGUGCUGGCAGGUGCCACGUGUGCAGAGAGCACAGCUCAGCGCGUGGUUGACACGUACGCCAAGUGGUGGGGGCGGCUAGCCGCCCUGCUGAAGGCGAAUAAGACAAAAGGAGGCGGUGGGGGGAGCGAGAAGGGCGCGCAACAGCAGCAGGAGGGGAAGGAGGAGGGGGAAGAGGAGGGGGAGGAGGACGGAGAAGCGGAGGGAGAGGAGGGAGAGGAGGGGAAGGAGGGGAGGGGGAAUGGAAGAGGGAAGGAGAAGGAGAAGGGGAGUGGAAAGGACAAGGAGGCCAUAGUGCCGGAUACCAUGUUUGUGCGUGUGGCAGCUGCUGCUGCCCUCGCUGACCUCUUUUCCAGGCUGGCAACUUUGUCUCAUGUGCAGAGCGUGCGUAAGGAGGCUGGCACUCUGGCCGGCAAGCUUUGGCCGUUUCUGGCAGAGAUGAUGGGUGGCACUGAGAGCACGCAGGCAUGGAGCGUGUGCCUCUCGCUGCUCUCUCUGCUGCUCCGCUCCUUCCCCUCCAGCUUCAAGCAUCACGUUCCAGCGAUGGAGGCUCUGCUGGUGGCCAAGCUGUCUUCUCCCAAUGCACCCGCAUCCAUAGUCCAUUCCUGCUGCAGCCUGCUCGUGCUGCUCCCCCGUGCCUCCGGGGACCCCGCCCUCUGGUCCACCUUCAUGCGCCGCCUGCUGCUCUCCACGCACGUCGACCUCGAUACUCUGCUCUCCGGCUUUGAGGAUGAACCUGUGCGAUCCAAGGCCCUGGCAACUCUCCUGCACUCUAAGAGCGCAGCUUUGCCGGUGCCUCUGGUCCCCGAGCAUGCACACUGGAUCGCUGCUAACUGCUCCAAGGAGGACGAGCAGCAGCAGGAAUCAGGCGGGCAGGGGCAGCAGGGGCGGAGCAAGCAAGGAGGGCAGACGUCAAUGUCAAACGCAAAUGGCAGCGGCAGCGGCAGCGGCAGCAGCAGCAGCGGUGGAGAUCCCGAGGCGGUGUUCCGGCGGGUGGUGCCACGGCUGCACGCGCUGCUGCUCACGUGCCAGCUGGCCAUCACUCAGGGGUUCUCUGCUCCGGUCCCAGCGCCCCUCUCGGCCCUGCUUGCUCUCGCCAACCGCCUUGUAUCAGCCGACGCCGUCCCAGCGCCCCUCUCUGCCCUGCUUGCUCUCACCCAUCGACUUGUCUCAGCUGACGCAGUCCCAGCGCCCCUCUCUGCCCUGCUUGCUCUCACCCAUCGACUUGUCUCAGCUGACGCAGUCCCAGCGCCCCUCUCUGCCCUGCUUGCUCUCACCCAUCGACUUGUCUCAGCUGACGCAGUCCCAGCGCCCCUCUCUGCCCUGCUUGCUCUCACCCAUCGACUUGUCUCAGCUGACGCAGUCCCAGCGCCCCUCUCUGCCCUGCUUGCUCUCACCCAUCGACUUGUCUCAGCUGACGCAGUCCCAGCGCCCCUCUCUGCCCUGCUUGCUCUCACCCAUCGACUUGUCUCAGCUGACGCAGUCCCAGCGCCCCUCUCUGCCCUGCUUGCUCUCACCCAUCGACUUGUCUCAGCUGACGCAGUCCCAGCGCCCCUCUCUGCCCUGCUCGCCCUCGCCCACCGCCUUGUAUCAGCCGACGCCGUCAUUCGCCUCACGCAAGUGGAGGGAACAGGAAUGGUUAUCCCUCUCUCUCUCCUCGCUUCUGGAGGGAGAGGAGGAGGAGGGGGUGGAAGGGGAGGAGGCGAGGAUGCUUUUGAUGCGGUCGGAGGGAUGGAUGGCAUGGGCUCGGCGUUUUCUGCCGCCCGCCAGCUGGCGCUGUGUGUGGAGCUGCCGGCGCUGCAGUGUGCGGGGCUAAGGAUGAUGCUGGCGGCGCUGCAGGGAGUGAGGAACCACAUCCUGCCCCAUGCAGCCACCAUAUCACACACACUCGUCUCGGCCUUUCGGCGGGCAGCAGCAGCGGGGGACGACGCCACAGCGCUGCCCUUCAAGGCGCUGCUCUACCGCACGGCCACACAGUACCUCUAUGCGCUGGGCGCUGGCAUGAUGACACAGAUAGCGCCCAUAGUGGUGGGGCGUGGAAUCACAGACCUCAAGCAGGCCGUGCCGGCACUCUUCUCCCCAACCAACCAGCGCUCGCCAGGUGGCAGCAUGGCAUUCGACGCCGCUCCCGGCGCGGCAGCAGGCAGCGGAAAGCUGGGGGGAGCAGGCAGCGGAGGGACAGGGGGAGGGGCGGGGGGAGGUGCAACUGGGGCAGGUGUUAUCUCGGGCAGUCGGUGCCUGCAGACCGUUGAUCUGCAGAUCGCCAUUCUUGAGGCUCUAGAGGCGCUGCUGGUGGCGGGCGGCCCCUUGCUACCGGAGCAUUGGAGAAUGGAGGUAGACGCAGCACUCACCUGCACCGCUGCCAUCGCGCUCGGCACCGGUGGUUACGACUCGGGUUUCAACUCCACUCCCGGUUACAACUCCAGUUACAACUCCCCCAGCACGCACGCGCACAUGCCUUGGACGCCCGGGUCCGACCGUGCAAUCAGAUCGCUCCAGCUGGCAGCAUCCCGCGCCCUCCUGGCCUCCCUCCUAGCCCCGUGCAAGUACCGCCCACCGUACCUCGGGCAAGCACUCAGAAUCUUCCGGCAGGGGAGGCAACAGCUGGGGACGGAGGUAGCUGCGUUCUGCUCCUUUGCUCUGCUGGCUCUCGAGCCGGUGUUGCAUCCCAGGUGUCUCCCCCAUUCGUCCUCCAUCCACCCGCUCUCGUCGCUUCUCGUCCCGUCGCAACCCCCGCCGAACCUACAGCAGCAGCAGCAGCAGCAGCAGCAGCAGCAGCAGAUGCAGCAGGAGCAGUUGCAACAGGAGAAUCUGCGGCAGCAGCAGCAGCAGAGUUUGGGGGGCUCGCCCGCCCCUUCUGCCAGCCGGCCAGCCAGUUCCGGCAGCCUGCUGCCGCCCGCCGCCCAGACGACUCUCGCCGCCCCUGCUGCCGCCCCUUCUGCCGCCCUGCAGCCUGUCCCUGGCUCUAUGGCUAUGAAUCUCUCUGCUGCUGUGGGAGGGGGUGCUGGUGGGGGGAUGGGCGGGGGAAUAGGCGGGGGCAUGGGUGGGGGAAUGGUGGAUGGAGGAGCAGGAGGAGGAGGUGGAGUUGGGGCGUAUGGGGGGAUGCUUGGAGCAGCUGGGGGCGGGGGUGGAGGGUUCACCGGGGGAAUGGGUGGGGGGAUGGGCGGAGGGAUGGGCGGAGGGAUGGGCGGAGGAAUGGGUGGGGGGAUGGGAGGCGGGAUGGAGGGCGGAAUGGGAGGCGGGAUGGGAGGCGGAAUGGGGGGUGGUACCACAGGGCUUGGAGCGCUGGGCGGCGAUGUCUGGCCGUUAGCAGACCUGUGGACGGAAGUGGACGGGUAUGGCACAUUCGGGCACGACCUGAUGGAGAUCGGGGGAGGCGCAUCUGCCGCAGGUGGUACUGGUGGGGCAGGUGUUACCACACGGGGAGUCCCAGCACCACAACAAGAAGCAGCAGCGGGAGCAGGAGCAGCUGCAGCGCCGGCAGUUUCAUCACAGAGUGACAAAGGAGGAGGGUGUGGGAGAGGAGGAGCGAAUCAGCGAGGAAAAGGGGCAGCAGCAGGAGCAGGUGGGGGAGCAGGAGCAGGAGGCGGAGGAACGGGAGGAGGAGCGGGAGGAGCAGAGAAGGGAGGGAAGCGUAGAGAUGUGGGGAAGGAGAUUUUCAUUAAAACGCUUGCGCCGGCUGUGGCCCGAUUCCUUAGUGCCAAUGACCCCUCGUCCCCCUCUGCCUCUGCCGGUGCUUCCCCCGCUGCGUCUGCUGCUCCUGCUGGCAGCACUGGGUCUGCUGGUAAGAGCAGGAGAGGAGCUGCUAAAAACGACCAAGGUACUGCUGCUGCUGGUACUGGUUCUGGUGCUGCUGGGGCCGGUGCUGCGGGUGCUUCUGGUGCUGCUGGCGCUGGUGGGACGACUAGCGGAUCAGGAUCAGGGAGGCAGGGCAAAGAGCAGGCUCGGACUGGGGGGGGUUCGGCGCUCGCAGGUUCGGCACCUUCAGGUUACGGGGCAAGAAAGGUGGUAACCACCGUGGAGGAGGCAGAUGCUGCUGGGCUGGAGGCUGCCAGGAGGGCGCGGGAAUCCCGAACCAAGGCUGCUGCGAUAGCUCGCAUGCUACAGGAGUCUGGCUACCUAGGGACUGGAGGCUCGGGAACUCCAGGUUCAGGUGCUGCAGGUUCGGGUUUGGGCUCCAGUGGAGUUGUAGCAAUAGGACAAGAAGGGCAAGCUGGUUCUGCAGGUGGUGCUGGAGCUAGCAGUGCUGCUGCUGCUACUGGUGCUGGUGCUGGUCGUGCUGCAGCUGCUGCUGCUGCUGCUGCCGGUGCUGCUGCUGCUGCUACUGGUGCCACUGGUGGCGGUGGUGUUGGUGGUGGGAGAGGGAGGGAUGCAUCUGGUGGUGCUGCAACUUCAGUUGCUGCAUCGACUGGAUUUGAUUCUGACUCUGAUGGCCCGUUGCCUGAGAUUGUGGUAGAGGAUGACCUUGAGUUCUGA